AUGAGCGACCCGCCGCUUCCUUCGCCGAGGGAGCCGAUCCAGGACACAUCAUGGCACGCGCGCGAGGUGGAUCUAGCGCGGGUGCUCCAACCCGGGUACUGGCGCGAGCUCUGCCCGUCGCUGCACGUCUGCGACGAGGCGUUCCAAGCCUCGGUCCGCCCGAUGGUCGGUGCGGCGCUCGAGGAGGUCGCGGACGACGCGCGCGAACGGAUCCUCCGAGACGGAUACACCAAGAUACCCGCCGCGUGUCUCCCGUGGAAGAGCGUUGCGCACCGCGAGCUCGCGCUGGCGUGCGUCCAACUCAUACGCCACGGAUGGAACCCGAGUUUCCUGCUCAUGUACGACGAGGCGUGGUCCAUCGCGCACGAGCUCUCCGACGUCGUGCUCCGCGCCACCGGCAACAGACUCAACUUCGACGCGCUCUGCUGGCACGUGGACCCGUAUGACGACCUCGGCGACGACGAGCACACCGCGUUCUCCCCGCACAGGGACAGGCAGCCCGACGACUCGCCAGCCACCUUUCGACCGGAUGGCACCGCCAUGUACGCGACUGCGUGGGUCGCCCUCACCGACGCGACGCCCGAAAACUCGUGCCUGUACGUCAUACCGCGGCCGCGAGACCCCGGGUACUUCGAUGGAGACGACGACGACCCGUGCAACGCGGACGCGGACCCGCUGCGGUUGUGCCUCCCGCACAAGGAGGCCUAUCAGCACAUCACCGCAGUUCCCGCCGAGACGGGUUCCGCGGUGGUGUUCACGCACAGGGUCAUCCACUGGGGAAGCAGGGGCACGCCGAGGAGCGAAGAACUCGGUCCAAGGACGCCGCCGCGCGUGUGCGUGUCGUUCGGGUUUGCCGACGACGCGUACGAGCCCGCGUACGUGGACAGGACGCGCAACCUGCCCUUCCCGCCGCUCUGUAACCGAGCAGCGCUGGUCUCGGCGCAGAUGAUUGCGUACCAUGAACGGUUCCGAUCAAGCGCGCGGAUGUUGAGACUAUUUCACGACGCGGUGACGCACCCGGGCGUGGACGGGGCGCUGGAGCGGGAGUAUCGGAAGAAAGUGAUGUACGAGUACGUGCAGGCGGCGGCGGCGGCGGGUAAGGAGGGGACGCGCGGGAAGGGGUCGUCGACGCGAGGGGGCAACAACUCGCUCGUCGGGAACGGGAGGAAAACGAGGGAGGCUGAGGCGGAUGAGGGAGCAGAGGAGGAUGAAGAUGACGACGCCGAAGUUGAAGACGACGCCGAUGACGAUGACGACGAUGAUGACGCGAUGGACCGAGCCAUGGAUGCCAUGCUGGACGCCAAGAUGAACGAGGAUGGCGACGACUUCCACGACGAUUUCGACGAUUUGGAGGACGGCGUGCUGGAAGAUGAGGACGGUUUUAGCCUGCUGGAGCCAACCCCGCGAUUGAACGCGGGAAAGAAAAAGCGUCGGCGUUGA